AUGAGUGGUUUGGGUCCUCCGAGCGUUUGGGCGGCGCAAAAGCGGCUCGAGUCGUGGGCCAGAGCGGCGAGAGAGCGGACCUCCAGCGCUAGUAGCGGGCAGAGUCAUAAUUCCACGGAUAGCUUUGGAGACGACAAGUCCCAUGGAAGCCCUAGUGAAAUGCUGAUACCCAAGGAGCACUGUCGGAUCCAGCCCCUGAGUGAGACGCGCACGGCAACGUCGCUCCCGCACGCAAGACUCGCCCGCACCCCCUCGAUCUCCUCACAGAGCAGCCUGGAUAGCGGCACUUCGAGAGCUACUAGUCACCGCGGUUCCUCGCCAGCGAUACGCACAUUCGCACCAGACGGUCGCACGCUAGAAGCGGGUAUUAGCGUGCCCCGCUCCCCCUCCCCGCUGCGAGCCGCGUCGCUGGACGUCCGCGCAGCGCCGCUGGCCCACGGGUCGCUAGCGUCGUUGGCUGAUACACCAGCGCCGUCAAGCCCUAGGCACGCGCCACCGAGAUGCUUGUCACCAUUGCUUAUGCCACCGAGAAGAAUAGACCGGAGCAACUCGCUCGUGGAAAGCAGUAGCGGAGUGGGGCCCCUGAGCCCUGGCGGUGGAGCAACGAUCAGUUCCCUGGGAGCGCUCCAACCAGACCUGUACACGAAAAGGGAGGCCCCGCUAGUUAUAGAGCUGGAGGGCCCUGGACCCUCGCUGGGCAGGAUCCAUUUACGACUGAAGUACGACUUCGAUCGGUCUGAUCUGGAAGUCCAUCUAAUUGAAGCGCACGACCUAGCGGGCUACGAGGCGGGCGGAUUCAACGACCCGUACGUGCGCGUGAGCCUGGCGCCCGAAGUGGACACGCGCGUGCGCCAGACGCGCGUGCACAGGAACGAGGCGAACCCGUUCUUUGACCAGCACUUCAAGUUCCCCGUGUCACAUGACGAUCUGUGCGACAAGACACUGCUGUUGCAAGUGUUUGAUUAUGAUAGGUUCUCCCGAAACGAAGUGAUGGGAUCUGCAAAAAUCCCACUCUCAAAGGUGGAAGUAGCGGGUGGUGCAGAAGUAUGGGCCGAACUGUCUCGCGAAAGACGUCCACCAGAAGAGCUACAGGAACUACUCCUGAGUCUAUCGUACUUGCCUUCCGCUGAACGACUUACAGUGGUCGUUCUGAAGGCUCGCAACCUUCUGCCACCGCAAGAAGGCAAAGAUGCUCUGGAUGUGUACGUGAAGGUGUAUUUAUUGGUGAAUGGCAAACGUGUAAAAAAGAAGAAAACGAACAGAAAGGAGAUAAACAACCCCGUUUGGAACGAGGCACUUUCUUUCAGUCUCUCUUCUUCCAACCUUCAAGAAGCUUCGGUGGAGAUCUGCGUAGUAACAGGGGGUAGCAACAACUUAGUGGUGGGUUGGUGUUGCGUGGGCGCGGCUGAACCUGCGGCAGAAGGCCGGCACUGGGCACAGAUGGCCCAGGAAACCCGCAAGGCUGUGGCCAUGUGGCAUACGCUGAGAUAGACGCGAUGGGUUCACAUUUUUAGAUGCAGCUCCGAGUUCGGGUGUAGCAAAUUCUUGCCUUGUGUUAUCUACCUAUUAAAUGUGUACUUUUUGUGACUUAGAAAAUGGUUUAUCUGCUUAAUUACCUUUCUUUACCCUCAUUAUUAUGUGUAUAUGUCAUAUGUACCUUAAUAUACGUACCAGAAAUGGUACUUAAAUUAAGGCGUGUCACGUGUAUACUCAGCAAUGAAUUAAGUUUUCAGUUCAUGUUUUUAUUGGUAAAUUAAUAUGAAAAGACAAUAGCAGAAAAACAUUUACCUAACGUGCGGUUUAUAAACCAUCCCAGUUAAUAGCGAAUAAGGUGGUGUGUCAUUAAUGGUGCAAGGAUGCGCCAAUGUAAAUUGUAAUCAGUUAGUUUUAUGUAUUGUUAAAAUUUCGAAGUAGGUAAUAUGUCUGCAUUUAUAACUCACAUAUACGUAUGGUUAAUGAAUUUUCCUAAAAGGUAAUAAAUACGCUAAGACAAGAAUUAAUACGCACUCAGCUCGAUAGUUGUAUCUAAAAAUGUCUGCAAGUCAUUCGCAAUAAAUUGUCGUAGAUUCUCUAGUAGUAGCCAGAAGUUAACUUCGGA